AAAAUGCUUUCUAUGAUAGUAAAUCAAAAAUUAUUGAUGGGAACACAAUUUAUCAGGAAUGUGAUAUAGCCAUUUGUUUCUCGUCACAGAGAGAAAAAAUAGACCCGUCUUUAAGACGUAUUAACUGA